AUGAAUGAAAUGAAAACAUUUUUUGGAUGGAUAGAUAUAACCCUGGCCAACGGAGAUCUCUUCUGUUAUGUGGGCGAUCAAUGUGCUGGAUACAUAUACCAUUUUAAAGUGGGGGAAAAUAGAGAAGAAUGUGUUGCCGGAUUCAAUCUUGAAUAUGUUUACGUACUAAAUUCAACAACUUUAAUUUUUUAUGUCGUUAAUCUUCGCACGCACAAUAAGGUAUGUAAAAUUACAGUAAGACAAGUCUUUCUGCUGCGCCAUAAUAAUGAUCUUUUAUUUUAGACUUUGAAAAGAGCUGAAUUGUCAUCAUCUGAUUACAAAUUCAGUGUGAUUGAUCUCCUUGAGCCCAGUGUUAUCCCGAAAGCUUUUCCCAACAUAAUAUCGACUUUAGGGAAUGCUGCAAAAUUUCCAGCGAUCCUUCCCACUUUUUAUGGGGCUUUCGUGAUUCUACCAUCUUCUGGAUCUACUGAGAUUUGUACGGUUAAAGAUGAGAAUAUUAUUUUGAACUCCUUUCCAAAGACCAUUGUACAAGUAAGUAUAUUAUAAUUAUACAAUUUUUUAUCAAUAAUUGAUAUUUUGUUUGUUUUCUUCAGGCUUCGUCAGGAAACAAUCAUCUUUUACUUCUCACCUCCGACAAUGAGGUAUACUGUAUGGGAGUUGGAAGUAGAGGAGAAUUGGGCCAAGAAGAGAUUAUUACUUUCUCUGAGAUCCCCAUAAAAGUAUCUAUUGCAUUUGAGGAGGAUACUGAACAUAUUGUCCUUAUUAGGAGUGGAGGUUGGCAUAAUAUUGUACUGACUGAUGCUGGAAAUAUUUAUUCAUGGGGCUUAAAUGACAAAGAUCAAUGUGGGUUUGGAGAGGUAAGGGCAAUGUUUGAUCUCCAUUUUAACUUGCUAUUGUUAAUUGCUUUUGAUAUUUAUGAGUUUGAUAACAAUUUGGAGGGAUUAUAUUUUGACCUUGUAAGGGUCUUUUGAAAGGGUGCCUAUUAACAGGGGAAGUACUUCAAGUGUGACGCUCAGAUUUUCUUUAAAUUUUGCACACACAUCGGGUAUGGACUAAAUAUCAAUUCCUGAAAGUUUUAGCUCGCGCUUUGCGGGCGCCGCCGAGAUAUUGAACGAUUUUUGCAGCCGAGAGAGCACGCUCAACGUGGAGAGCGGUCAGAGAGAAACCCGCUUUUUGGCCAUAACUUUGGCAGUUUCGUGCGGAAAAUUUUGAUUUUUUGUAGAAACAUUAUUCUUUACGGUUGAAAUAGGCAUGAAACUUUUCGUGCCGAAAUUCGGCAAAAAGUCCCAAAUUUUCGCCGACUUUCGAUCUAAAAAUCUCGGUUGUUUCUGCAAAGCGCAAGCUAGGAUUCCCGCAUAUAUCUUAGAAAAAAUUAUUCUAAAUUUGUGCCAAGUUUCAUCAAAAUCUGAGCGUCACACUUCAAGUACUUCCCUUGUAAGCUUACUGUAGGAUGACAUUUAGGUUGCUAUUCAGAAGGUUCCAUGUUUUGUGGAUCUUAAAAAACCGGUUAAGUAUGUGGAAAUAGGCCAGAAAUGGACAAUCGUCACUUUUGGUAAGUGCGUUAUCUAUUGCCGAAUACCGAUGUUAUUUUAUAGUUGAUGGCGAGGUCCUGCGGCUCUGA